CCCUGGAACUGGGAGAGAGAAGUGGAAGAAGUUUUAGUGGGUUUCAGAUAACUUUCAUUACACAUCGGGCUGAUAAGAGCAAGAGAAAGUGAGAAAAGAGGGAGGUGAUGUGAACCAGAAGGAAUAGCUCCGAGCUCAUUUAGGAAGGGGGAAAAAAAAGCCAAAACACACCAAACCCGGGUCACCCAGACGAAAGGAGACUUCAUUUCUGGUCUUAAAAAUACACUGUUGGCGGACAAUAAAUCUGAAACGCGUGGUCCUGGCGAGCAGAUCCUAGAAACGGACAAAGUUAUCAGAGACCUAUUCGGAAAUCGAGACGCGAGGCUUUCUUUUUUCCUUUUUCUUUCUUUUCUUUUUUUUUUUUCUUUUUUUCUUUUUUUUUUUUUUAAACAUCCCGAAAUGUGGUUCGGGAUCGUUUGAAAGGAUUUUCGUGCAGGAAAGCUGGGGGCUGCUGAUUAUUUUAUUUUGUUUGUUUUAAUUCUUCUGUGAUUGCCUUUUAUUGCUGAGUUGAGGCCAUAGAAAUCUUAAGAUCUUAGAUGAGUUUUGCAAUGUGAAGUUCUGCGUAGAUGCUAGUCAACCAGAUGUAGGAAGCUGGCUCAAGUACAUCAGGUUCGCUGGCUGUUAUGAUCAGCACAACCUCGUUGCAUGCCAGAUAAAUGAUCAGAUAUUUUAUAGAGUAGUCACAGACAUUGCACCAGGAGAGGAGCUCCUGCUGUUCAUGAAGAGUGAAGACUAUCCCCAUGAAACUAUGGCGCCGGAUAUUCACGAAGAACGGCAGUAUCGCUGUGAGGACUGUGACCAGCUCUUUGAGUCCAAGGCGGAGCUAGCAGAUCACCAAAAGUUCCCGUGCAGCACCCCUCACUCAGCAUUUUCGAUGGUGGAAGAGGACUUCCAACAAAAACUCGAAAGUGAGAACGAUCUCCGAGAGAUACAUGCGAUCCAGGAGUGUAAGGAAUGUGACCAAGUGUUCCCCGAUUUGCAAAGCCUGGAGAAACACAUGUUGUCACAUACUGAAGAGAGGGAAUACAAGUGCGAUCAGUGUCCCAAGGCAUUUAACUGGAAGUCCAAUUUAAUUCGCCACCAGAUGUCACAUGACAGUGGAAAGCACUAUGAAUGUGAAAACUGUGCCAAGCAGGUUUUCACGGACCCUAGCAACCUCCAGCGGCACAUUCGCUCUCAGCAUGUUGGUGCCCGGGCCCACGCAUGCCCGGAGUGUGGCAAAACGUUUGCCACUUCGUCGGGCCUCAAACAACACAAGCACAUCCACAGCAGUGUGAAGCCCUUUAUCUGUGAGGUCUGCCAUAAAUCCUAUACUCAGUUUUCAAACCUUUGUCGUCAUAAGCGCAUGCAUGCUGAUUGCAGAACCCAAAUCAAGUGCAAAGACUGUGGACAAAUGUUCAGCACUACGUCUUCCUUAAAUAAACACAGGAGGUUUUGUGAGGGCAAGAACCAUUUUGCGGCAGGUGGAUUUUUUGGCCAAGGCAUUUCACUUCCUGGAACCCCAGCUAUGGAUAAAACGUCCAUGGUUAAUAUGAGUCAUGCCAACCCGGGCCUUGCUGACUAUUUUGGUGCCAAUAGGCAUCCUGCUGGUCUUACCUUUCCAACAGCUCCUGGAUUUUCUUUUAGCUUCCCUGGUCUGUUUCCUUCCGGCUUGUACCACAGGCCUCCUUUGAUACCUGCUAGUUCUCCUGUUAAAGGACUAUCAAGUACUGAACAGACAAACAAAAGUCAAAGUCCCCUCAUGACACAUCCUCAGAUACUGCCAGCUACACAGGAUAUUUUGAAGGCACUAUCUAAACACCCACCUGUAGGGGACAAUAAGCCAGUGGAGCUCCAGCCCGAGAGGUCCUCUGAAGAGAGGCCCCUUGAGAAAAUCAGUGACCAGUCAGAGAGUAGUGACCUUGAUGAUGUCAGUACGCCAAGUGGCAGUGACCUGGAAACAACCUCGGGCUCUGAUCUGGAAAGUGACAUUGAAAGUGAUAAAGAGAAAUUUAAAGAAAAUGGUAAAAUGUUCAAAGACAAAGUAAGCCCUCUUCAGAAUCUGGCUUCAAUACAUAAUAAGAAAGAAUACAGCAAUCAUUCCAUUUUCUCACCAUCUUUAGAGGAGCAAACUGCGGUGUCAGGAGCUGUGAAUGAUUCUAUAAAAGCUAUUGCUUCUAUUGCUGAAAAAUACUUUGGUUCAACAGGACUGGUGGGGCUGCAAGACAAAAAAGUUGGAGCUUUACCUUACCCUUCCAUGUUUCCCCUCCCGUUUUUUCCAGCAUUCUCUCAAUCAAUGUACCCAUUUCCUGAUAGAGACUUGAGAUCGUUACCUUUGAAAAUGGAACCCCAAUCACCAAGUGAAGUAAAGAAACUGCAGAAGGGAAGCUCUGAGUCUCCCUUUGAUCUCACCACUAAGCGAAAGGACGAGAAGCCCUUGACUCCAGUCCCCUCCAAGCCUCCAGCAACACCUGCCACAAGCCAAGACCAGCCCCUGGAUCUAAGUAUGGGCAGUAGGAGUAGAGCCAGUGGGACAAAGCUGACCGAGCCUCGUAAAAACCACGUGUUUGGGGAAAAGAAAGGAAGCGGCAUUGAACCAAGACCAGCAUCAGAUGGUUCCUUGCAGCAUGCUAGACCCACUCCUUUCUUUAUGGACCCUAUUUACAGAGUAGAGAAAAGAAAACUAACUGACCCACUUGAAGCUUUAAAAGAAAAAUACUUGAGACCUUCGCCAGGAUUCUUAUUUCACCCACAAUUCCAACUGCCUGAUCAGAGAACUUGGAUGUCAGCUAUUGAAAACAUGGCAGAGAAGCUCGAGAACUUCAGUGCCCUGAAACCAGAGGCCAGUGAACUUCUGCAGUCAGUUCCCUCCAUGUUCAAUUUCAGAGCGCCUCCCAAUGCCCUGCCAGAGAACCUCCUGCGGAAAGGAAAAGAACGCUACACGUGCAGAUACUGUGGCAAGAUUUUUCCAAGGUCUGCGAACUUAACACGGCACCUGAGAACCCACACAGGAGAGCAGCCUUACAGAUGCAAAUACUGUGACCGAUCAUUUAGCAUCUCUUCCAACUUGCAAAGGCAUGUUCGUAAUAUCCACAAUAAGGAGAAGCCCUUUAAGUGUCACUUAUGUGAUAGGUGUUUUGGUCAACAAACCAACUUAGACAGACACCUAAAGAAACAUGAGAAUGGGAACAUGUCGGGUACGGCCACGUCGUCGCCUCAUUCCGAACUGGAAAGUACAGGCGCGAUUCUUGAUGACAAAGAAGAUGCUUACUUCACAGAAAUUCGCAAUUUCAUUGGGAACAGCAACCACAGCAGCCAGUCUCCCAGGAACACAGAGGAGAGAAUGAACGGCAGUCAUUUUAAGGAUGAGAAGGCUUUGGUGACCAGUCAAAAUUCAGAUUUACUGGAUGACGAAGAAGUAGAAGACGAGGUGUUGUUAGAUGAGGAGGACGAAGACAAUGAUAUUACUGGAAAAACAGGAAAGGAACCCGUGACAAGCAAUUUACAUGAAGGAAAUCCUGAGGAUGAGUAUGAAGAAGCCAGUGCCCUGGAGAUGAGUUGCAAAACGUCUCCAGUGAGGUAUAAAGAGGAAGAAUAUAAAACUGGACUUUCUGCUCUAGAUCAUAUAAGGCACUUCACAGAUAGCCUCAAAAUGAGGAAAAUGGAAGAUAAUCAAUAUACUGAAGCUGAGCUGUCUUCUUUUAGUGCUUCCCAUGUGCCGGAGGAACUUAAACAGCCGUUACACAGAAAGUCCAAGUCACAGGCAUAUGCUAUGAUGUUGUCAUUGUCCGACAAGGAGUCCCUCCAUUCUACAUCCCACAGUUCUUCCAACGUGUGGCACAGUAUGGCAAGGGCUGCUGCGGAAUCCAGUGCCAUCCAGUCCAUAAGCCACGUAUGACAUUACCAAGGUCGACCAGAGUGGGACCAAGUCCAACAGUAGCAUGGCUCUUUCAUCUAGGACUAUUUAAAAGACUGCUGAGCAGAAUGCCUUAGAAACCUGAAGGGUCACUCAUUUAAAGUCUGGUGACCUUAAACUGAAUGCUUAAAAAAAGAAAGAAAGGAAAAGAAAGGAAAAGAAAGAAAGAAAAAAAAAGAAACUAUUUAUUC